CAGGGAGCGGUGUCAACGUAACACCGUCCGGACCGGCUUGCUUCCUUCCUUCCGCCCGCGCUGGUACACCAUGGCGUCUGGAUUAGUGCGGCUGCUUGUCCGGGGGCCCCGCGGCCUCCUGCGGGCCUCAGCCGUCCCGCAGCCCGUCCAGCCGAGCCGAGGCAUCAAGGGCGGGUUCCGCGCCGCACUCCGCUUCCAGAAGGAGCUGGAGCGGCGGCGGCAGCUCAGGUGUCCGCCGCCUCCUGUGCGCCGUUCAGAGAAGCCCAACUGGGACUAUCAUGCAGAAAUCCAGGCGUUUUGUCACCGACUACACGAAGACUUUUCUUUAGAACUUCUCAAAACUGCUUUUGUUAACAGAUGUUACAUUGAAAGUGAGGAAGCCAGACGGCAGAAGCUGGGAGUAGACAAAGAGGCUGUGGCUCUCAACCUUAGAGAUAAUAGAGAGCUCUCAGAACAAGGGAGAGCCUUUUCACAGACAUGUCUCACACAGCUCCUUGGAGAUGCAUACCCAAGCCUGCCCUCAGAAGGUGUACAAGCAAUUGUGGAUUUUCUUACCAGUGAGGACAUCGUGUGUCAUGUAGCCAGAAACCUUGCUGUGGAGCAGUUAACACUGAGUGCGGAAUUUCCAGUCCCCCGGACAGUAUUCCAGCAGACUUUCUUUGCAGUCAUAGGAGCAUUGCUGCAAAGCAGUGGACCAUUGAGGACAUCGUUUUUCAUCAGGGACUUCUUAAUUACACAGAUGACUGGAAAAGAACUUUUUGAGAUAUGGAAUGUUGUAAAUCCCAUGGGACUACUAGUGGAUGAGUUGAUGAAAAGGAAUAUUUCUGCUCCUGAACCCAGAAUUACUAGGCAGUCUGGAAGCAGCACAGCAUUGCCACUAUAUUUUGUUGGCUUAUACUGUGAAAAGAAACUGAUUGCAGAAGGACCUGGUGAAACAGUACUAGUUGCAGAAGAAGAAGCUGCCCGGGUAGCCCUAAGGAAACUUUAUGGCUUGGCUGAGAAUAGGCGGCCUUGGGACUAUUCCAAACCCAAUGAAAAAUUAGCAGAAAAAGUUAUCGCCUCAAGUUAAUUGGCCAAAAGCACGUUAGCACUUGAAUUCACCAAAGGAGCAGAAACAUGAGACAUAAACUUCAAAGUGACUUGGAAAGUAUGACAGUUCCCAGACUGCCCAGAGACUUCUUCCUUCCUCAGGGGCUUGUCAGAUUACAAGAGAGUCAAUUACUGUUCAAAAGUGGUUACUGUGAAAUCCUUUCAAGUUUGUCAUCUUAUUUGUUGACCUCUUUGGAAGAAAUUGCUCUUAAAGUUCUGGAAUUAUCACGGUGUCUUAAAAUUCUAGAUUUAUCACUGUGUGAUUUUUCUUUUUCAUAUAAUUAUUCCCUUCUAACUUUGAAGUAUUAUAGCCUAAAGAAAAUAUUUUUUAGUUCAAGACUGAACAAUACCAAUUUGAAAAAAAAUUCAAUACAAUUAAUCUUUAUUUUCCAAAGUGUUACUUAAUAAUUUAAUUUGAAACAUGUUGUUAACAGGUUGGCUAACUUGGCUUAUUUAAUACAACUAAACAGUAUGGUACAACUUUUGACAUCACUGGAAAGGCAAAAGCCAAAUUGUGACAAUUAUACAAUAAGGGUUAAUGGCUUAAAAUUUUGUGAGCUAAUAAGUCAGUAAACUAUUUAGAAUUGUAAAGUAGUAGUAAAUAAAGGAGAAUAUUCAAGGCUAUUUUUUAAAAUCACACUAUGAAUAUAAACUUAAAAACUACUUUGAAGAUUGUAAAUAAUAGUUAAUUCAAUGCAUUUAGAAUUGGGAGGAUAAUUUAUUACCAUAAAUACAAACAUUAUUGUUUCUAUAAUUUUUGGAGGAGAAAACCUUCGCUUCAAUGUUGUCCUUUUAGGGCAGUUUUAUCAGAAACAUCCAUCUUGCUAUUUGGGAAAAAAACAGUUCUAUAUAUGUCCUUACUUUGAAAUAAAGUCGUUCAUAAAGUUUUUAAUUAAAGUUCUCAAAAGUCUUUUGCAAA